AUGGAGGGAAAAUGUACAAGUUUCAUUGAAGAGCUGCAUACUCGUUUUUCAAGUAAACAUGCUUCAACAAGUGUUCCGGUUCAUCUACCAGAAGACGUCUUAGCUGAGAUUCUAAUAAGAUUACCUGUUAAAAUCUUGGUACAGUGUAGAUUUGUAUGCAAAUCAUGGGCUAAACUGGUAACGGAUCCUAUCUUUAUAAACAAACACCUUCAUCUCAAUUCACCCACACGCAUCAUAUUCUCUGAUAGACAGCAAGUAUAUCCUAUAUCUAUAUCCUUACCUCUUAACCCUAACUCUAAUUCCGUUCUCAACACUCAACGACUUCGCCCACCUCUCUGCCCUCAUGCAUUCCAAGUCAAAAGUUACUGCAAUGGUUUGUUCAUUAUUAUAAAGGAUGAAGGUCCUAUCAUCCUUUGGAACCCUUCUAUUUCACGCCACAGAGUGCUACCAGUACCAGCCCUACCACCCUCGGAAAAUCAUUGUUCUCGUCGUUUUUUAAGAGAUAUUUGUGCUAUUGGUUAUGAUUCUUUAAAUGAUGUUUAUAAAAUCAUCGUAGCUCCUUUCUCUUAUGGCGCAUGGAAUGUCGAAGUUCUUUCUUUGAAUUCCAACUCAUGGAGGAAGCUUCCUGAUGCCGCCGAAUAUCCUCCUUAUCACGUGGAAUAUUUUCGUCCUCAUCAACAACCUUUAUCUAUAAAUGGUGCCAUUUAUUGGAUUGCAGAUGAUCAUUUCUCCGAUGAUCAUUUCCCUGUGAUUGUUCGUUUUGAUGUAUGUCAGGAGAGGUUUUCGCGUGUGCCACCACCAUGGUGUGACACUAGAAGAGGUAUAUAUUGGAUUGGUGAUAUCAACCACUCACUUUGCACGCUUAACUACGAUGACGAGAGCUGCACUCAUAUAUGGUCAACACAAGAUGAUUUCAAUUGGGUAAAACUCAUCACUUUUUCCAAGAUCGUUGAACCUAACCCUCAGAGUCAGACAUCAUUCCUUUAUUAUGCUCCUUUGUGUUUCAAUGAAAACGGAGAACUACUCAUAAGUGUUCGUGGUGCUGGGUGUUCUUUUGAUCGAAGGCGUGGUUUGGUUGUUUAUGAUCCAAAGGAACAAAGUUAUAGAAGAUUUCUUUUGGAGGACAACACACACUGGAUGGAAGAAACUGUGUACAGUGACAGUUUGGUUUUCCCCAAUGAGCCCUUAGAUAAAACAUGUUCUGCUUCUUCUUCGGGCUCCUUUAAGCAAAUGAUGCUCAACUUUUCACACACCAUUUUAAGCCAUUUAGUUUGUAAUGCUACCUCUAGGAAGAGGUUGUUGUGA